AUGAGGGGACGAGUGGACGAAUGCUUGAGCACGAUGAGAAAGGAGUGGAUGCAGAGCAACGACGUGGCGCUAGUACAGUCUUUUCCGAGACCUGAAGAAGGUGUUGGGACGGAGACGGGGGCUGGGCGAGUAUCAUACGCGCAAUUGUAUCGAUGGCAUCAGGAGCUGCUCGGAGUGUUAAAGAGCAAGGAGAAGGAGGAGUCGCAGGAGCGGACGGUCGUGGUGGGGAUCAAUUUGACCCCAUUUUCAAUGGAAGAGACUGCAAUGAUGUUGCUUGUAGCAGAACAGAGGCGAUGGAUCUACGUGGCUCUGGAUGUGCAGCUUCCGGUCGCUCGACAGCUUGCGCUGUUGCAAAGCAGCGGAGCGCAAUGUCUCGUGACGACUGUUGACAGUCCGCUGGCAACGUAUUUGGUGGAGAAUCGAGGAGAGGCAAUUCAUAUGGAGAGUGUUGACGAUGAGAGGAGUGCGUUCUUGCCUGUGCAAGUCGUUACGCUGUUGAGCACGUAUUUUUCGACAGGACUCGAGGAGGCAGCAUGUGAUACGGAUUGUCGACAGCGAUAUGAUCAAUCGAUUGAUGCACCAAUGUAUAUUCUUUUUACCUCUGGAACGACCGGGAAGGCGAAGAGAGUGCUGGGAUCACGAAGAGGAGCGUGGACACGGCUGGUCUGGAUGUGGAACAUGUACCCCUUUGCUACGUCGAAGGAUGGCAGAUCGAGUGGGCGAGUGUUGCGAGCUACAAGACUUUCGUUCGUAGACUCGGUGUGGGAGAUCUUGGGCGCUUUCUUACAGCGUGUGCCGCUGGUUCAUGUGCAACUCCCUCGGCAUCGAGGUGAAAGCAUGCGCCACUGUUCUAUGACAAGCGUUGUACUUGAUGAUAGCACGCGCUUUCUGAAGGUGAUCCAGCGCGAGAACGUGACUCGUUUCACUGCAGUGCCAAGUGUGCUGGAUGUUCUUUUGCAACAAACGACAGAGAUUGAGCGAAAAUCUUGCUUGGCUGGACUGCGCUACGUCCUGAGUAGUGGCGAGUCCCUACCAUUUCAGGUUCUCCGACGACUAACGGCCAGUUUGCCAAGCGUGACCAUCUUAAAUCUCUAUGGUAGCACAGAGUUGAGCGGUGACGUUACGUGCAUGGAGCUCAAGGCACCUCUAUCGUCUGCCAAGAUAGCAGAAUGGCAGCGACACGAUGUUCCAAUCGCUACGUUAACAGAACGCGGAGUUGUUGGUGGUCAUGAAACGUUCCUCGUACUUCUACCAGAGGACCAUGAGAAUGACACAAUGUAUUCAAGAAAUGGUUCAGCUACACUUAUCUGGCCAAGACAUCAUACAUACGAGAUGGUCACUACUACACGGACUAACAGGCAGCCAAUAACGGGUAUCUUGUUCGUUUCUGGCCCGCUUCUGGUGGAGAAAUACGUUGGUGACAGCCAAAAAGACAUGUUUGUUGAUUCGGCUUUGUUGUUUGGUAAUCGAGUGGAAAGUGAGCAAGCUAGAGAUGAGCGACCACGCCGGUGGUUUUGCACAGGUGACAUUUGCUCAUUGAUUCAAGGACGUCUGUAUUUUGAUGGACGCAAAGACAGCGGUGUGAAAAUCCGAGGACAGCGAGUUUACAUGGAGGCAGUGGAGCGUGGAGUAGCUCUCGCAUUGCAAGAAACUACGGGAGGCAAGAAAUAUGGUGGCAGCGGUCCCGUCAUCGCGUUUACAGUUUCAAAGCGAGUUAGCGGACUCCUUAUAACGUGCAUCGUGGCUUUUAUCAUCAGUGACGACAUCGGCAGUACCGGCAUUGCUCAAUAUGCUGAGACGAAAGCAGUAAACGCUUGGAUAGCAGAACACUACGGGACGGCACACGUUCCGCACAAAUUGUUCAUAGUGCCAGCAAAAGUAGUGCCACGUUUUGCGCAUGGAAAAGUCGACCGGAAGUCGCUGAAGAAAUUUUACAAGGAUGUCAUCGAGGAUCGCGAUUUGUCGAUGCCAGCCUCACGCAUUCAUAGGACGGUGACUAGCCCCACGCAAACGUUAGUGGCACGACUGAUGAACGAGAUACUUGGAGUUUUUUUGUCUGGAGGUGACGUUAUUGACGACAACCGCACCCGAACAUUUGCUGAGCUGGGUGGAAACUCACUGCUCGCAACUUUGUUCAUGCAUGAGCUCCGCCAAGAGCUUGGUGCGCUUCCCCUGACUGCUCGUAAACUGCUUGACCUGACGAUGGAUGAAAUAGAGUCUGCGUGCUUUGUGAAAAGCCUAAGCGAAGACACAGGAGUGAAGCAUCCGGUCCAAACCACAAGACACAUCUUUGAUUUGACUGGCGAACGUGCCCCAAGCACUGCAGAAUCCGUCAAACGACUGAAGACAACACCCAAUGAUUGCUCGGGUGUCAAUCCUGGCAGCGAAUGCAGCAGUGACAUGCAACAAAGCCGAUUAUCGUGUAUAUCUCGCUACAAUCGCUCGUCCACCAGCGCCAAUGGUUUUCAUCUCCCAAUGUGCUUCACUAUCCCGGUUUCGUCGGCAGAAGAGAUCACGUCUGGAGCGCCAUCAUCAUGCUUACCGUGGAAAUUACGACGGGUGUGGCAAGUUGACCUAAACAAGUGCAUCGAUGCAUCUCCUCUCGUUGUACAGCAUCGCGACCGCAAAGGUUCAAUCUGCGCGACUUGGGCAAUUGUUGGCUCACAUUCAGGCCAGCUAGUUUGUGUAGACGUGCUGGCAGCUGGACAAGAGGUUUGGCGAGUCACACUCGAUGACCGUAUUGAAGCAUGUGCAGCUGUUAGCAUAAAGCACCAACUUGUGUAUAUCGGGACGCACGCCGGAUCUUUUUUCGCUUUAUGUUUGCAAUCAGGAGUCACUCGAUGGAGAUUUGACUGCGAGGGGACCAUUAAAGCUUCAGCUGUGGUGAUGGAUGAACGACAGCUAGUUGUUUGUGGGGCGUAUAACAGCAAACUGUACGGCCUAGACGCUGUUACGGGACAGAGGCAGUGGGUCGUCGACUUAGACAGCAGCAUUUUUUCGACGCCUCUCUAUUGUGCUUCACCCGAACAGCUUUUUGCUGCUACGACGAGCGGGAAUGUUGUGGCUCUACGAGUGAGUCACGAUCGUGUCGAGAUGCAGUGGAAACUGCAACUGCCAGCUCCAGUAUUUGCAGGAUUGAACGCCGACUGUGUCUUCGAAAUGCUGAUCGUUGGGUGUGCAGACGGCCAGCUUUACGGAGUCUCGAUGAGCACAGGCGAUAUCCAAUGGCAAGUGAUGACCGGCAACCCAAUCUUCAGCUCGCCUUGCGUCUACCAGCCAGGAUCAAUCGUGUUUGGAUCUCACGACGGGAUGCUGCGAAAGGUACAUUGCAACAACGGAAAACUCGCGUGGACUACUGAUCUUCACAGUGCAGUCUUCGCGUCCCCUACCGUCAUUCAACUUCAGCUUGCGUCCACUGCAACCAGCCAAAAUGACAGCAAAGACACCGGUCGCUUGAUUUGCUGCGUGACGACAACGGCUGGUUGCAUGUACUUCUGCGACGCACUGACUGGCUCCAUAUUAUACGAAACGUGCGAGUCAACAGGAAACCCACGGAUCGACACGCCUACUGGUCAAAGCAGUGCUGAAGUGCUUGGCCCUCUCUUUAGCUCGCCAGUGGUCGUCGACAAUUGGUGCUUGCUAGGCACCCGAACAAACAAAGUCUAUGGAUUCGAGCUCGUUUGCAGAGCCGCAACUGGUAUCUAG